AUGUAUCCCUCCGCCAAUUGCUCCAGCCUGCCCCACAGAGACCUCCCCGCGCUGCUGGACUACCAGGAUCUGUGCAACCAAAGCCAGCAGGAUGCUGCCUUUAGCCACGUCGACCCCAAGGACUUGAACCUGACGGUGGAGCAGCUGCAGGACAAAUACCUGGGCCCCCGGAGAUCCAGCUUCUUCAUCCCAGUCUGCGCCACCUACCUGCUGAUCUUCAUGGUGGGGGCCAUCGGCAACACGCUGACCUGCCUGGUCAUCGUGCGCCACCGGUUCAUGAGGACGCCCACGAACUAUUACCUGUUCAGCCUGGCAGUCUCCGACCUGCUGGUGCUGCUGUUGGGGAUGCCGCUGGAGCUCUACGAGAUGUGGAGCAACUACCCCUUCCUCCUGGGCGCCGGGGGCUGCUACUUCAAGACGUUGCUCUUUGAGGCAGUCUGCUUCGCCUCCAUCCUCAACGUGACGGCGCUGAGCGUGGAGCGCUACAUCGCUGUGGUCCACCCGCUCAAGGCCAAGUACGUGGUGACCAGGAAGCACGCCAAGCGGGUCAUCGUCACGGUCUGGGUGUUGUCCGUGCUCUGCUCCAUCCCCAACACCAGCCUGCAUGGUAUCCAGCCCCUCUAUGUGCCAGGCAGGGGGGUGGUGCCGGACUCGGCCAUCUGCACCCUGGUGAAACCCCGCCUGAUUUACAACUUCAUCAUCCAGAUCACCACCAUCCUCUUCUUCUUCCUGCCUAUGGGCACCAUCAGCAUCCUUUACCUGCUCAUCGGGCUGCAGCUGAAGAAGGAGAAGAUGCUGCAAGCCCUGGAAGCCAAAUCGGGCGGGGACUGCGACUACCACAACAUCCGCGUCCAGCAGCAGAAGAUCAGGAGGAGGCAGGUGACUAAGAUGCUGUUCGUGCUGGUUGUCGUAUUCGGGAUCUGCUGGGCCCCCUUCCACACAGACCGGCUCGUCUGGAGCUUCGUCUCCCACUGGACGGGCCGGAUGCUGCACAUGUUCCAGUACGUCCACAUCAUCUCCGGGGUCUUCUUCUACCUGAGCUCAGCCGCCAACCCCAUCCUCUACAACCUGAUGUCCACGCGCUUCCGGGAGAUGUUCAAGGAGGUGAUGUGCCACAGGCACCUGAGGAGGUUGGGCUCCAGGAAGUACUCGCCCAGCGUCACCCGGGUCACCACCCGCAGCACGGUGUGCGAGCACGUGCCCGCCGGCAACGGGCUGCCCCUGUCCAACCUGGAGGAGGAGGAGAUGGGCAUGGAGGAGGAGGACGCCCUUAAGCAUGAGACGUCCUUCCCCUGAGGGCACCGCCAGGGCCUUCCCUGCUAGUCGGGCUCCUGGAGGGACACAACGACUGUGAGGGGGUUGGGAAGGCCAUGUCCAGUGUCUAGUCACCCUGCUUACGUCUCCUGUCGCUGUGCCACCCGCUAGCACUGCCCUGGCAUGAUCUCCACUCCCACCCCUUGCAGGCCGAACUCACCAGGGGCUGCACCGUGGCACGAGGGUACGAACGAAGGCAGAAGUUGGGUUCAGAGAGGUGGGGCAUUAACUCUUCGCUGGCUGGGGUCCCACUCCACGGGCCAUGCCUUUGCAGCCUCUUGGCUUCGGCAUAGGUGGUGGUGCCAUCCGGCUGCAGGUUGUCUGGUGUGUCUGGCAGCACCGGACCGGCUUAGUGCUAGGAGGGAUGUAAACAACAAGAGAAAGGUUAGCAAGCAGCAGGUUGUCUCCACUGAUCCCAGCUUCUUCCCUGUGUAGGGCAUCGGGGCCUGAAACAGCUCGGCCAGAGAUUCAGACAUGGCCACUGAACUCAGAGCAACUGCCUCUGUCAUUCAGAGGGCUGGGCCCUGGUCACAGGGUAACGCUGCCUGCCGGCUGCCUGAGUCCCAGGGCAACAGGUCCCGUCCCCCCCACUCCUGGGAGAAGUCUCCUUGCUAACCCUAGCCUGAGGCUCCAGCCAUUACUACCUGCUAGCCUCAUUCACCCUCCUCCCCCGGUCCCACUACCCCCAUCCCCAGGCUCUCUCCUCCCUUCCCGCACCUUCAACCACCACCCAACAAUCCCUCAUCCAGGCUGUCCCAGCCCAACACCCCCCUCCCAGUAACCCCCAACUUUCUCCAGUACUCUGGUCCCCACUGGGUGCUCCCGAUUACCCGCGAGCCCCCCUUGCUCCCUGAGACAUGCAGGGAAUCAGCUCCCAGCAUCGCCAGCUCCAAGCCCCCCAAGUUCAUCUGACUUUAAAAAAUACUAAAUGUCGGGGUCUGUUUCCCUGCCUCCUGGUGCUGGGACCUUUAGGAGUUGCAGCCCCAGCUUUUCUCCACACCCACGUGGGCUCCAGCCUAGAAAACAAGAGCUGAGAUGCUCCCAGAAUCCCAGGACUCGAGGAGCUGGGGGUUUCAGAAAGAUGCCAGAUAUCAAGAGAGUUGGCAGCGCUGGGUUCCUGACACCCCUACUCCUGCUGUCCCUGGGGAGGAGGGCGAGAACCAAGAGGUGGAGGAAAUCAGCAGAGAAAUGCCACUCAGGGAGCGUGGCAGGGUGCAGAUGCAGGAUCUCCCCCGCGGCCUGUGGGUUUGACGUGCUGUAGCUGAGGCAUCAACACCCCCAUGAGGUGUGGUGUUACCCUCCACCCCCCCUACGUGCCCAGCUGUCCGAGCGUGUGCCAUGCCUCUGCCGUGGCAACUCUGGGCAAGGCCAUGGCAGCUGUGGGUGGGAAGAGCUUCGCCCAGGCACCCCGCAGCAAGGCGCGGGGAGCUCAGUUUGACACGCACCACACCUGGCUGCCCUCCCUUUCCCCUUCCGCCCGCCAGGGAGGGACUGGAAAUCAGAGGGAAAGGGCAGUGGGGCCUGGGCCUGUCGGAGCUGCCGAGGCCAUGCUGGAGGCGAGGGGGGCUGGUUUUACUCCGACCCCAGUGAAGAAGGAAGAGCUGUUGUGUGAGGCUGACUCACCCUUUCCCUGGCUGGCUCCUAUGUGUUGGCGCGCGUGAGCCAUGGAAGAUAAUUCACCCUCCCCACAUAAACAUGGGAACCUUUUCUGACAACAGAGAUGUCUCUGAUCCAUGUGCUAACAGCUGACACAAAGUGCAGUGCUGGCAGCCCGGCUGGGGAGCAGAUGCUGUCUCGCUCCCUCUCCACUUCCCUUUCUUCCUUUCACCACCUCGUCCCGGACCUUCCCCAGCCCAGCAGCCUCUCCUCUGACAUCAGCAGCUACCCCGG